AUGAUUACUAAAUUUGAAGCAAAAAAUCAAAAUUUUCUAAAUUUAAGUAAUUAAAGUAAUUACUAUAAUAUAAGAAUAGACUGAAGUAUUUUUGAAAAAUUAAAAAAAUAAGCAAUCCCUUUUGAAGGUUCAUUUAGAUCUAAAAUGUAUAAAUUAUUCUUAGAUGAAAUAAUUUAUAGCAAAUAGAUCUGAAUAUAUAAAAUUAAAUAUUCCAGGGAACAUAAAGAAGUAAGAUAUAAAAAUGGAUUAAGUUUAAUAAGUUUAAUAAACUUAAUAGUGUUAAAAUUAGAUCUAAUAACCUUAAUAAUAAAACUAAUAAUAAUAAUUGGGUUUUGUAUAAGCAAAUUAAUUAAUGCCAAAGAAAAGAUUUCAGCCUCCAACAAAGGUAGGUGAUAAAGGUAGAUAGGAAUAAAUAUAAUUAAAAAAUGAGAAAUAAUAAAAUUAGACUAAUUUUGAAGAUAAUAUAAUAAAUAAAAUAGAAUCUGAUAUAAUAGAAAUAAUGGAUAGGCCAACAUAAUGGACAGAUAUAGUAGGUUUAGAUCAUGUAAGAGAUUAAGUAGUAGAGAUAGCAUUAUGGCCUUUAGAGAAUCCCAAAUUAUUUGAAGGUAUAAUAGCUCCAGGAAGUGGAUUAUUAUUAUUUGGACCCCCAGGAACAGGAAAAACCAUGAUAGGUAAAGCUAUAGCAAGUGAAGGAAAAGCAACUUUCUUUUCUAUAAAAGCAUCUACAUUAACAUCUAAAUAUGUUGGGGAAGGUGAAAAAACUGUUAGAGCUUUAUUUGCUUUAGCUGCUUAAAGAUAACCUAGUGUUAUAUUUUUUGAUGAAAUUGAUUCUUUAUUGUGUGCUAGAUCUGAAAAAGAUAAUGAAACUAGUAGAUAAAUUAAAACAGAAUUUAUGGUUUAAUUAGAAGGAGCAACAAGAGGAGGAUGUGAAAGAAUUGUUUUUAUAGGGGCUACUAAUAGACCUUAAGAAUUGGAUGAUGCCAUUAAAAGGAGAUUCUAAAAAAAGAUUUAUAUUCCUUUACCUAAUAAAGAGGGAAGAUUAUCAUAUUUUGAGAAUUUAAUUAUUAAAGAAGCAAAAGAAGGAAAAAGAAUUGAAAUGAACACUUCUGAAUUGUCAACUUUAGUUGAAUUAACUAAAGGAUAUUCAGGUGCUGAUAUCAGAAAUCUAAGUAGAGAAGUAAUUAAAUAUAAAUAUUAAGUAGGCUUGUAUGUAUUCUAUUAGAGAUGCUGCUAAAAUGUAUACUAUUAAAAAUUUGAAAUUAGAUUAAAUUAGAGCAACUACAAUAGAUGAUUUUAAAAGAGCACUUUAAAUUGUCAAACCUACAGUAAAUCAAAAUGACUUAAAAGAUUAUUUAAAAUGGAAUUAAUAAUUUGGAUCUUACAACUAUGAUGCAGACAAUUUAGAUACUUGA